CGAAGGGACACGGCGUUCACGUUUGUCGCGGACAAACCUUCGAAAGAUGGAUGACGACCAGGUCAAAAUGCUCAAGAGAGCCUUCUCCAUGUUCGACUCGACAAAGUCGGGCCGUAUCGAGAAAGAAAAAGUAAGAACGAUACUGAACACCCUGGGGCACACUUUCGACGAUCACGAUCUCGAGUUGCUGCUCAAACAAGAGGACAACGACGGCAGCGGCAAAUUGAAUUUCGACUCGUUCUACCGGGUGGCCAGCCACUUCCAAGAGGAGGACGACGAGGCGUUGCUGAAGGAGCUGAAAGAGGCUUUCAGGCUUUACGACAAGGAGGGGAACGGCUACAUUCCUACCAGCUCUCUCCGAGAGAUCCUCGCCGCUCUGGAUGAUCAGAUAACGCCUGAUCAAAUGGACGGCAUGAUCGCUGAAAUUGACACCGACGGCUCUGGCACGGUUGACUUUGACGAAUUCAUGGAGAUGAUGACCGGCGAUUAA